AUUAGAAGCAUGCUUUCCGCUGAACUUCCUGACACCAUUUGUUAUGCAGAAUGAGUGAGAACGCAGUUUUUGCCUAUGAGUCUUCAGUGCACAGCACCAAUGUCUUGCUCAGCCUCAAUGACCAACGGAAGAAAGACGUGCUGUGUGACGUUACUGUCUUCGUGGAGGGUCAGCGAUUCCGAGCACACCGGUCGGUGCUGGCGGCAUGCAGCAGUUACUUCCACUCGAGGAUUGUAGGGCAGGCCAAUGCAGAGCUUAAUAUUACUCUACCAGAAGAGGUGACAGUUAAAGGAUUUGAACCUCUAAUUCAGUUUGCCUACACUGCUAAACUGAUUUUAAAUAAAGACAAUGUGGAUGAAGUGUGCAAGUGUGUGGAAUUUUUAAGUGUACAUAAUAUUGAGGAAUCUUGCUUUCAGUUUCUCAAAUUUAAGUUUUUGGACUCCACUGCAGACCAGCAGGAAUGCCCAAGAAAAAAAUGCUUCUCCUCACACUGUCAGAAAACAGACCUUAAGUUUUCACUUUUGGACCAGAGGGAUCUAGAAAUUGAUGAAGUGGAGGAGUUUCUGGAAAAUAAAAAUGUUCAGACUCCUCAAUGUAAACUCCGUAGGUAUCAAGGAAAUGCAAAAGAAUCGCCUCCUCUACAAGACAGUGCCAGUCAAACGUAUGAAUCCAUGUACUUAGAAAAGGAUGCUGCCCUGGCUUUGCCAUCUUUAUGCCCCAAAUACAGAAAAUUCCAAAAAGCAUUUGGAACUGACAGAGGUCGCACUGUAGACUCCAGUGUCAAAGACGUUCAUGUUGCUUCUGUUCAGUCAAAUGAGACAUCUGAAAAUGAAAGUUUAGGAGGAGUCCAGGACUGUGCAGAUUUGCAGGUGAUUUUAAAAUGUGAACAAAGUAAAUUAGCAAUGGAACAUGAAGAAACAAAGAAGAAAGAGCCUGCUUCUUUGUGCCCAGCUGAAAAAACAGAAGUGACUCCUUUCCCCCACAGUUCUUCUACAGACGCUCAUGGACUUUAUUCUCUGUCUCUUUUACACACAUAUGACCAAUAUGGUGACUUGACUUUUUCUAGUAUGCAAAACACAACAGUGUUAGCAGAAAAGCCUUUGUCAGGUCCAGAUGUUGCAGAAGAGAAAACGUUUGGUGAAAGUCAAGAUUUACAUUUGAAAUCUGACUCGGGCCCCAGAGAAGAUAGUAGCCUUGCAUCUAGCGAUCGGAGUAGUGUGGAACGAGAAGUGGCAGAACACCUAGCAAAAGGCUUCUGGAGUGACAUUUGCAGCACAGACUCUCCUUGCCAAAUGCAGCUGUCACCUGCUGUGGCCAAAGAUGGCUCUGAACAGAUCUACUCACAGAAGCGGUCUGAGUGUCCCUGGUUAGGUAUCAGGAUCAGCGAGAGCCCAGAACCAGGUCAGAGGACUUUUACGACAUUAAGUUCUGUCAACUGCCCUUUCAUAAGUACUCUGAGUACUGAAGGCUGUUCAAGCAAUUUGGAAAUUGGAAACGAUGAUUAUGUUUCAGAACCCCAGCAAGAACCUUGUCCAUAUGCUUGUGUGAUUAGCUUGGGAGAUGACUCUGAGACAGACACAGAAGGAGACAGUGAAUCAUGUUCAGCCAGAGAACAAGAAUGUGAGGUAAAACUGCCAUUUAAUGCCCAACGAAUAAUUUCACUUUCUCGAAAUGAUUUUCAAUCUUUGUUGAAAAUGCAUAAGCUGACUCCAGAACAACUGGAUUGUAUCCAUGAUAUUCGAAGAAGAAGUAAAAACAGAAUUGCUGCGCAGCGCUGUCGCAAGAGAAAACUUGAUUGUAUCCAGAAUCUUGAAUCAGAAAUUGAGAAACUGCAAAAUGAAAAGGAAAACUUGUUGAAGGAAAGAGAUCACAUUUUGUCAACUCUGGGUGAGACAAAGCAGAACCUAACUGGACUUUGCCAGCAAGUCUGUAAAGAAGCAGCUCUAAGUCAAGAACAAAUACAGAUACUUGCCAAGUACUCAGCCGCAGAUUGCCCACUUUCCUUUUUAAUUGCUGAAAAAGGAAAAACUACUCCUGAUGGUGAGCUUGCAUUAUCAUCAAUUUUUAAUUCAUCUGACGGGCCUCCCAGUGCAAGUGGAAACAGUGAGUGCAGCUAUGUGCGGGGGCAGGAAUCACAGCAGACCCCCACAGCCGCCUCUGAGCAAGGUGGACUUGUGGAACAGUGUCGUCAGAGUGGCGGGAUCUCAGAUUUCUGUCAGCAGAUGACCGAUAAGUGUACUACUGAUGAGUAAACGUGCAUUCACUUCUUCAAGCCACCUAAUUCUCUUCUGAAGUUUUGGCAGUCUUGAAAGCCUAAUACAGCCAUCUGUUGCUUAACAAUAUUGUUUUUUCCCUGUUAGUUUGCUCUUAAAGGAAUUUCUCUUAAGUCAACCCUAAUUUUUCCUUGAGUCCACAAGAGACACAGAAGUGAUUUGCCUCCUGGAUACUGAAAAAUCACAUGCGAAAAUGUAGUAAGACUUUAAAACUCAGGUUUUAAAGACUAAUAACUAUUGGUAAUAACUCUUUCCA